AAAGCCAGGGCUAUAAUCAGAGCGACAGUUUACGGUAGCUUAUCUUUUAAAUAACAAAGAGCAAUUCUUAGACGGUGUUUUUGAAUUCAGGUAGCAGAGAAAGCUUUUCCUGUUUGAUUAACCUUUUUCUGGUCAGAGCUUGAUACGAUGCUCUCUUUUUAAAACUGACCACAGAAAUUUCAGGGGCACUAAAGGACCGAAUGUCUCCAAAUAUGUCAAAAGUGUCUCAAAUAGUUUUUUUUUUAAUGCUUUAGAAGCCUGUUUGGUUAAUGUAAGGCUGCAGUAAAACCUAUUUAUCUGUUCGGAUGUCUUAGAGAAGGUUUGGUCGUAUCGGUGGCUUUUUAUCUCAUUCGGCGAAACUGUUAGCUACCCCGAUGGGUCCGGUCGAAAGUUCGAGGAGAUGGAAUAGCUGUACUUUCAUUAGAAGAUUCUGGGAGAAGUUUUUUCUUUUUAACGAAAUUUUAAGGAGAUCUUUUUAAACAAUAACCGCAAUAUCUUACAAAUAGAAAAAACACAACACAUACUUUAAAGAAACUGAAAAUAGCGCGGACACCUCAGUGAUAAAACAGUUAUAGAGUCAUUCGUUACGCAGGAAGAGUUUUUCGCCUCGCCGGCUUCUGUUCAUAGUUCGAAAACAGACUUCAGCUGAUCGUAAUAAUCCCAUGUUUGAACGAAGUGUCACGCGUUUGAAACUGAAAAGUAACCAAGAUAUAAGAUGUAUAAGCCAGCUCAAAUCUCACUGGCCAAACGCAGGUACAGCGCAGUUUAAUACGCUUAUUUUGAGAUAUUGUGAAGAAUUUGUUGUUCACCAAUAUUCAUCCACCGUGAUUAAUCAGCAUGAGCAUAAUAACAUCCACCAUCAGCAGCAUCAUUGACUCGGAGCUCUUCAAAAAAUCACGUCAGCCCUUGAUGUAUUGCUCCAUGGUAGCCUUGACGAUGGGUGUCCAGGAGAUUUGCCAGCAAGUUGUAUUUAAUUGUCCAUGCAAAAGACACUUCGAGUAUGGGCUGGCAUUUUUAUGCGGACCAGUUAUUCUUUUGUUUUUCCUAGGCAUUUUCCUGAAUGACACUCUAUGCCGUACUGGCCCUGAAAGGGACACCGAGAAAGCCAUGAGAAGCCCUGUAUGUCACUAUUUCAAGUUACUGUUCACUAUAUUCUAUGCAAUGACACUAGCAAGCGUCGCUCCAGUUGCCUGGUUGGUUCUAUCUUUCUUGCAACAAAAGUACUACACAUGCGCAUACUUUGGACCUCCCGUCGAUAGAAUCUCAACUGCUACAAAUGCAACUGACAGAUGCCAUUUUAAGCUGGGCUUUCGAUCAAAAGAGAUGGAAGAAACCUACAAAACCAACAGUCAGAUUGCAGGCUGGUCACUCAUGAUCAUAUUCGUGCUCGUCCUUGUCAUUUCCAUCGGCAUAAGUCAAUGCAUGAAAAAAGGAAAGCGUCUGAAAAUACCGAGUUCUAAAUACUACCACCAUGUUGAAGCCCAAGAAGCUGUUGAGCAGUACCACGCCAUUGCACUGGAACGCGUCAAAGAACAAGCAAAGAUGGUUAUUGAAAAUUUGUUCGCCGAAAUGGAGGGCCAUACACGUGUCUAUUCCUAUUUGAAAGGCGUUGCAGAUAAAGUUCGCAAUGCAUACAAAGAGUAUUUAGACAUACCACUGACGAGGCAACAAAGUACCUCAGAUGACUCCCAUCACAUUCCCAUUGAUCUAGUCGAUGGACAAAGAAAAAUACACCCUGAAAUGCAGCCCUCCUACAGUGGUGAAGAUCUGCCACUAAUAUCACCUGCCCGAACUGAUCCAUCGAAGAACCUCAGAGAAGUACCAUCGAUAAAGAUAGAAGAUUAA